CAUGAAUAUGUGAUGUGUUGAAUGCAGUACGCUGGAGUAGAUUGACACACGGUGUUGUUUUGCUUGUGUUUUAUUGCGCAGAGACGACACAGAUUUAACAGACAGAUACUGCAGUGAUGUCCGGACAGAAGUCAGUGACUGUGACCACAACACCACACAAAUCAUCUGCUUUUGUUUUAAAGAAGAUUAUGAAUAUUCCUCCUCCAAAUAUACUGCAGGAUCAAGACGACGAUAUUGAGAAGGAGAAGCAGAGUUCAGCAGGUGAUGGUGAGUCAGGCGGGGCUGUGGGCGGUGGUUCAGGCCGCACAGGUGGAGUCUCCGCCUCUCUCACCCCCACCAUCUGGGACAAGACCAUCCCAUAUGACAGUGAGACCUUUCACCUGGAGUACAUGGACCUGGAUGAGUUCCUGCUGGAGAACGGGAUUCCGGUCACAAUGGAGGAGGAGCUGAGUAAGGUUCAGGGGGCGGAGUCACAGGGGUCCCUCACAGCCUCAGAUUCACCUUCGGCUGUCCCCCAGACGCAUGAAGAGAAAGAGGAGAAAAAGAAGGAGGAUGAGGAGAGCAAGCAGGAGUCUGUGAGGGAUGAAACAGAGCAGGAGGUGACAGAGAUGACAGAAGAACCCAAAGAUGAUCCAGACCCAGCGACACCUGCUUCUAUUGAUCCAGAAGAGAUUGAGGUGAACAUCUUGUUUCAGCCGGACCCUACAGAUCUGGUUCUGUCCAGUGUUCCUGGAGGAGAACUCUUUAACCCUCGCAAACAUCGCUUCACUGAAGACGACCUCAAACCUCAGCCCAUGAUCAAGAAGGCCAAGAAAGUUUAUGUACCUGAAGAAGCGAAGGAUGAUAAGUAUUGGUCACGGAGGAAGAAGAACAACGUAGCAGCGAAGCGCUCGCGAGACGCUCGGCGUCUAAAGGAGAAUCAGAUCGUCGUACGCGCCGCAUUCCUAGAGCGAGAAAAUGCGGCGCUGCGACAAGAAAUGGCCGAGCUGCGGAAAGACUGCGGCCGCUGCAAGAAAAUCAUGGCACUGUAUGAAACCAAAUAUGGAGCCAUAUAACAGACAAACUUCAUCUGGAUGAAACAGUCAUUCCUGUAGCUGAGGAUUCUGGGUAAUUCAGAUGCAUGAGGUGGUGAUGAGUGAAGAGCACAUGUUAUGUGUUAAUGUUAUGAUGAGAGGAUAUCAGGGGUGUGUUUCCAGUCACCAGGGCUUUCAGGAGACACGAGGUCUCCAUCAGAUCAAGUGGAUGUGCCAAACUGAACCACAUAAUAUAUAAAAUACCAUCAGUCAUGACAUUUACCUCAUCUCACCCCUCCCAUGACCCUGACAGGAGUGAUAUUCAUACCGAUAUCAACAGAUUAAUCACAUGAGAGUCUUCAUUGCACUAAAGUUUCCUCCUCAUGUUUGAGUCCAUGAUUCUUUACACAGAUGUUUACCGUGUGUAUAAAGUGCAUGGCUUGAUGUUAUAUGAAGCAAUUAUGUUAUAGAAUAAUCUUCAGUAUGAGGGUGAGGAUCGACUGCUCGUGUCUGAUAAUGAUUUCAGGAGGAUCUUUAUGGGCUUGAUAAUGAAGGUGUCGUCCUAACACAAACCCUUCAGUCUCUUUGGGUCAGAUGAGUUCUGGUGUAUAUAAAUGAAGCUGUUUAUCUUCCAGAAUGAUAUGAAUAUAUUCAUGUAGAUUUGAUCUGAGCUUUUCUCAUCCUGUUGCAAUUAUUCAGACUUUAUUUCUCUCUUUUAACACAAAUCUUUGUGCAGGGAUUUUAGCAGUGACUUUGAUCUUCUGAACUGGAUUUACUUUUAGUUUUCAGGAUUCAGUACAAGGCAAUAACAAAUAAUUCAUCUUUAUAUUGUGAUCAUGUUCGAGUCUGGCAGCUCAGCUCUGUGAAUGAAAAACCAUUCAUGGACUUAGAAAUGGUUUAAAAAAAAUUUUACACAAAUAUUAUCUGCAAACUUUAUAUUUGUACUUGUCUUGAUAUGGGAUAUAUAUGUAUGAAGCGUAAUAAAUGUACAUACACACCUCUGUUCCUCACACAAGAGACUUUACAUUUAUUUAUUACAUUUAUAUUUAAAAACAGCAAAAAUGUCUAAAUGGGCUUCCAGUUUAAAACUAAGGGUUAAAGUUUGUUUUUAAAGAGCACAAAGUGCUUCUAUAUCUUCAUUUUUUCAACAGCACAAACAUUUUUUGUAUAGUUAGGUCUUGUGUUUGACAAACAGUUUCUCUUCUGGUUUUAUAUUAUAUGUGUGUGCAGUACUAAGGAUUGUUUUGUAAAUGGGUUAAAUGUUAUAAUGUUCUGCAUGCUGAUGUCAUAGUGAUGCGUGCAGUGGGCGUGUCCUUCUCUCUUACACAUGUUACGUUCAGUGAUGUUUUUAUUCUAUCUGUAUAAUAUAAACACAUUCAGAUCUUUCAUCUGUUAAAUCACUGUGUUGAACAUGUAAUGUUUGUGAUAAAUAAAUGUGAUGAUGUUCAAAUGA